GUUGAUGUACUGUCAAACAGAACUGUCUUUCGUUCUUUUUCCGGCAUCUUUACUUGUGUCGAGCACACAUUAUACUUUGCUGCAAUCUAAACAAUGUCUAAAAGAGGACGUGGAGGAUCCGCGGGGGGAAAAUUCCGCAUCUCGCUUGGUCUGCCAGUAGGAGCAGUGAUCAAUUGCGCUGAUAAUACAGGGGCAAAGAACCUGUAUGUCAUCGCUGUCCAUGGAAUCCGCGGUCGCCUGAACCGUCUGCCUGCUGCAGGAGUCGGUGAUAUGUUCGUAGCUACCGUUAAGAAGGGUAAGCCGGAGCUUCGCAAAAAGGUAAUGCCUGCUGUGGUCAUCCGGCAGCGAAAACCUUUCCGCAGGCGAGAUGGUGUGUUCCUCUACUUCGAGGAUAACGCAGGAGUGAUAGUAAAUAACAAAGGCGAAAUGAAAGGUUCCGCUAUCACUGGACCAGUGGCGAAAGAGUGCGCUGAUCUGUGGCCCCGUAUCGCAUCGAACGCAGGUUCAAUAGCGUAGUUGUGCAUAGUUUACGGUAAUAUUGUUCAACGGGGAAACGUUCUUCAACUCUACAUCCUUGUAACAGAAUGCUAUGGAAUAAAAAUUCGUUGAAAUGCGUGAAAUAAGCGGUUAAGU